GCCCACACGCCAGACCUGCAGCAGAGAGAAGCUUCUCUGUCUACUACCGAGAGGGAUUGAUUUCCUAAACAAACACGUUUUCUUCACAUGGUGCCACCGCAUCACAGUUAUCAGAUGAGAAAGCGGAAGCUCUAUAUCAGCGGCAGUAUUUAUUAGUUAUUACUGCUCAUAAGAGCGCCUGCUCCGUCAGGACUGAUCAUGUCUGAUUUCGAGGAGUUCGAGAAACAGCUGAACGAGAAUCGACAAGAGAGAGAACGGGAGCGGCAUAAAAGAAGGAGUCAUAGUAGCUCUGCUGGCCACAGUAAGAAGCAGCGCAGCUGGAGCAAAGACAGAAGCAUUCGCAGCAGAGGAAAGCACAGCCGCAGUCGAGAGCGUAAGAGCCGAGACCACAGGAGCAGCUCUAGAGAUCAUAAGAAACACAGCUAUUCUCCACAUAGAACAAGGAAGAAAAAGAUGUGCAAGUAUUGGGAUGUUCCCCCUCCAGGCUUUGAGCACAUCACUCCAAUGCAGUACAAAGCCAUGCAAGCUGCUGGGCAGAUCCCCAGCAUUGCUCUGUUGGCUAUGUCCACUAAUGCUGGUUUGGCAGUCGCUCCCACACAAGUGCCCAUCGUUGGCAGUCAGAUGACCAGGCAAGCGCGCCGUCUGUAUGUUGGCAACAUCCCGUUCGGCAUCACUGAGGAGACCAUGGCUCAAUUCUUCAAUACCCAAAUGAGACUUGCAGGGCUGUCUCAAGCUCCAAGCAGUCCUGUGCUCGCAGUGCAGAUCAACCAGGACAAGAACUUUGCUUUCUUAGAGUUUCGAUCAGUGGAUGAAACCACUCAGGCCAUGGCAUUUGACGGCAUUAUCUUCCAAGGACAGUCGCUGAAAAUCAGACGUCCACAUGACUACCGCCCUCUGCCCGGCAUCUCUGAGCAGCCUGCUUUUCAUGUCCCAGGUGUCGUGUCCACAGUUGUACCAGACUCCCCUCAUAAACUCUUCAUUGGAGGUCUGCCAAAUUAUCUCAAUGAUGAUCAGGUUAAAGAGCUCCUGACGUCAUUUGGUCCUCUCAAAGCCUUCAAUCUUGUGAAAGACAGUGCCACAUCACUGUCCAAAGGCUAUGCUUUCUGUGAAUAUGUGGAUAUCAGCGUCACUGACCAAGCGGUAGCUGGAUUACAUGGCAUGCAGCUUGGUGAUAAAAAGCUCAUCGUCCAGCGGGCAAGUGUGGGAGCCAAGAACGCCAAUCCUACCACUGUUGUAGAGACGCCCGUCAUGCUUCAGGUCCCAGGGCUGCAGAGGGUGCAGAACUCAGGCCUGCCGACGGAGGUGCUGUGUCUGCUGAACAUGGUCAUGCCGGAGGAGCUGCUGGACGACGAGGACUACGAGGAGAUCCUGGAGGACAUCCGGGAGGAGUGCUGCAAGUACGGCACCGUGCGCUCUAUCGAGAUCCCCAGGCCUGUGGAUGGUGUGGAGGUGCCAGGCUGCGGGAAGAUAUUCGUAGAGUACGUGUCUGCUGCAGAAUGCCAGAAGGCCAUGCAGGCUCUGACAGGACGCAAGUUUGCUAACCGUGUGGUGGUCACGAAAUACUACGAUCCAGACAUGUUUCACAGACAUGAGUUCUGAGGGAAGAUACUCUUCAUCUAAAGAGAAACAGAGAGAGCUGUCUGUGCCAUCUGAGUGGGAAGUUUCAAUGAGCUUUACACAUUGUUUUCUACUUCCACUUAUCAAUUUAUUUUCCAUAUUGAAAUAAAAAGGAUUAGAUGUAACUAGCCACGUAGGAGAUAUUUUUAGACUUCUAGUACAACGAAACGGUGUCAAACGAUUUCUUCCAUGUUAAGGGGUGUUCGUACAUGCUGUGAUUUACACUAAUGAAGUGACCAGAAGUUAGUCUUUUUUUAAAUAAGACUUGGUCAUUUCCAGAAGCAAGCAGGUAAUGUGAUGUGAUGCAUGUUCCUUGGGAUCCAUGUAAACCUCCUGCAGUUUGUUCACGAACCCCUUUUUGAGAAACCCUUGCAUACUGUAAUAUUUAAUACAUUUCAUGGAAUAGAUUUUCUUAUGAGUUAGGACAAUGUAAUCUAAAUGUAAUCAAAAAGUCAUCAGA